GAGCUUCAUAUGCUUUUUAGAUUCCUUUUUCAUCAGCUGAAAAUCAGCUGUUUUUGUACAAGACAUGCACCCAGGAUCACUUUAUAGCAAAACGAUUUUAAUCGUUAAAAGUGCUGAAACAACCACAACAAGGAAAACAUGGAGCAUUAAUCAAGGAUAUUAACAAAAAGAAAAAGAAGGAUUCCUCUGGUAUUUUGAAGGAUAAUAUAAGAGUAUGGAUCACUUACAACUCUGCAAUGUUUACACAUCUGUUGCAAAGCCUGCAGCUGGAAAACUCAUAUACUUAGUCUUCUUGUUGUUUGGAUCGCUACUAUCACUUCUAGUAUUCCUACCUGGCGUACGCUGCUUCUUCGUACGACAUUCACAGUUCUGUGAUCGAACGUUAAGCCAUGAAAAAUGCGAUAUGUUGGUUGGACAUGUGUUGUUGUAUAGAAUGUACAUAGGAAUGUUUAUUUUCUUUUUAUUUAUUGCUAUUAUUAACUGCCAAAUGUCCCUGUUUUCCAGCUAUGCUACUGUCAUUGAAAAUGGUUUAUGGUUUCUCAAAUGGAAUCUCUUUUGCUUUUUUGUUUUAAUAUCGUUAUUAAUUCCAGAGGGAGAGAUAUGCAAUACUGUUAUGCACGCUGGAUGGUUUGCUACAAUAAUCGUAAAACUCAUGGAAAUUGUACUGCUGAUAGAUUUCUCAAAAUAUGUCAAUGUUUUUAUUGUGGAAAGGAUUCAAUUCUCUCAAACAAAUUCAACAUUUUUAUACUUAAUUUUAACUUUACUAACUGCAUUACUCUAUACUCUAUCACUGGGUUUCACUGUUUAUUUCUUUAUCAUGUAUAGCUCACAAAGCAGUUGCCAUUUCCAUUCAAUGUUUUUAGUUCUCAUUGUUGUCCUGUGUGUUAUUGCAUCAUUGCUAUCUGCUCAUCCGAAUAUAACAGAUGCAGGGCUUCUACAAUCAGGCAUUAUAACUCUAUAUACAAUAUAUCAAGCUUGGUUGGCAUUGAUUCAUAGUCCAGACUCUAAUUGUGGUCAAUCAAACUCACCUGUGAUUCAAUCAGAUAAGGAAUUUGAUUUUGUCAUUAAACCAUCCAUGUUUGUGGAUGUUAUUCUUGUCUUUACUCUCCUAUUUUAUGGUAUUCAAAGAGUCAAAGAUCUUGAUGUUUUCCUAACUUCMUUGCAUUUAAAGAACUGUUGCCGACUCCACCAAGAGGAAGAUGACAUUAGCGACGUUAACGAGCAAGCAUUGCUAUCCUCAAGUUAUCUAUCAUACUACAUGUGCAURCUCACAGUUAUACUCCACAUUCUGAUGGUAUUUAGUGAUUAUUAUACACCAGAGGGUAUCCUUGGCACUGAGAAUUCAAUAUUAGAGACACCAGAUGGGAUUGUAGACAUGCAUGAAUACACCAAACAGUUUAGUCAGUUAAUGGCCAUGUCUAUUCAUAUGACGUCAAGUAUUUUGCUUGUCCUGUUGAACAUGUGGACAAUAGUUGCUCCUUUAUUAACAGCACACUGAAACAACAUGAUUUAUAAAAUUGUUUUUUAAUUGAUAUAAGAGAUUAAAGUCGUCAAUAACAAUCWUGUCAUAGCAGCUAUGCUUAUUGAUAUUAAUAGUACACUGUGAUUUUUUUCAAAAACAAAAGCACAAGAGGAAUGGAAUUGUUCAAUAAAUUCUUAUGUCAAGUGAAGCGAUCCUUUUUUCUGUUUUGCUUWGYUUUGUGUUGUUUGUGUUAUGUUGCAAACUUGUGUACACUUUUUGRUUUUGAUCCUCAUCAACCCUUUGGCUUUCACUUAGUAAAGCACUAGCUCUUAUUGCUAAUUACCUAUUUAUU